GCGCGCGGGGAGCGAGCGCCAGAGGGCCCGUCGGAGCGGCCGCCGGAGCAGCGCCGGAGAUGGGAGAACAGCCCAUCUUCACCACGCGGGCGCACGUCUUCCAGAUUGACCCCAGCACCAAGAAGAACUGGGUACCGGCGAGCAAGCAGGCGGUCACCGUUUCCUACUUCUACGAUGUCACCAGGAACAGCUAUCGCAUCAUCAGCGUGGACGGAGCCAAGGUGAUCAUAAACAGCACCAUCACGCCCAACAUGACCUUCACCAAGACGUCGCAGAAGUUCGGGCAGUGGGCUGACAGCAGAGCCAACACCGUGUUUGGCCUGGGGUUCUCCUCCGAGCAGCAACUGACGAAGUUUGCAGAGAAGUUCCAGGAGGUGAAAGAAGCCGCCAGGCUGGCCAGAGACAAGUCCCAGGAGAAAAUCGAGACCUCGAGCAACCAUUCCCAGGUGUCCAGCGUCAACGGGACAGACGAUGAAAAGGCCUCUCAUGUGGGUCCUGCUGACGCACAGCUCAAGUCUGAGAACGACAAGCUGAAGAUCGCCUUGACACAGAGUGCUGCCAACGUGAAGAAAUGGGAGAUGGAGCUGCAGACCCUGCGGGAGAGCAACGCCCGGCUGACCACGGCGCUGCAGGAGUCGGCCGCCAGCCUGGAGCAGUGGAAGAGGCAGUUCUCCGUCUGCCGCGACGAGAACGACCGGCUCCGGAACAAGAUUGACGAGCUGGAGGAGCAGUGCAGCGAGAUAAACCGGGAGAAGGAGAGGAACACGCAGCUCAAGAGGAGAAUCGAGGAGCUGGAGUCAGAGCUGCAGGAGAAGGAGACGGAAUUGAAAGACCUCCGUAAACAAAGUGAAAUCAUACCUCAGCUCAUGUCAGAGUGUGAAUACGUCUCUGAGAAGUUAGAGGCGGCAGAGAGAGACAAUCAGAACCUAGAGGACAAGGUGCGGUCCCUCAAGACGGACAUCGAGGAGAGUAAGUACCGCCAGCGCCACCUCAAGGUCGAGCUCAAGAGCUUCCUGGAGGUGCUGGACAGCAAGAUCGACGACCUGCACGACUUCCGCCGCGGCCUCUCCAAGCUGGGGUCCGACAACUAGGG